AUGUUGAGAGCUACUAGAGGAUCUUUAAGCAAGCGCAUGGCAUCUGCUGUGCGCCGUAACUAUUCAUCUCACAAGGAGUUGAAAUUCGGCGUUGAGGGAAGAGCCGCCCUUUUGAAAGGUGUUGAAACACUAGCUGAAGCUGUUUCAGCGACUUUGGGUCCUAAGGGUAGAAACGUGUUGAUUGAGCAGCCUUUUGGCGCGCCAAAGAUCACCAAGGAUGGUGUAACGGUGGCCAAAGCCAUUGUGUUGGAGGAUAAAUUCGAAAACAUGGGUGCGAAGUUGCUGCAAGAAGUUGCAUCCAAGACCAACGAAGCUGCUGGUGACGGUACUACGUCUGCCACCGUUUUGGGACGUGCCAUUUUCACGGAAUCCGUCAAAAAUGUCGCGGCCGGCUGUAACCCAAUGGAUCUCAGAAGAGGUACUCAAGCUGCUGUGGAAAAAGUUAUUGGUUUCCUAAGCGCUCAUAAGAAGGAGAUCACCACCUCAGCAGAAAUCGCCCAAGUUGCCACUAUUUCGGCCAACGGCGACGCUCACGUUGGUAAAUUGUUGGCCUCCGCCAUGGAAAAAGUAGGCAAAGAAGGUGUCAUCACCAUCAAGGAGGGUAGAACUUUGGAAGACGAGCUGGAAGUGACUGAGGGUAUGAGAUUCGAUCGCGGUUUUAUCUCUCCUUACUUCAUCACCGACGCCAAGUCCAAUAAGGUUGAAUUCGAGAAACCUUUGAUGUUGCUAAGUGAGAAGAAGAUCUCUUCCAUUCAGGACAUUUUGCCUGCUUUGGAGCUCUCCAAUCAGACCAGAAGACCUCUUUUGAUCAUCGCUGAAGACAUCGAUGGUGAAGCAUUGGCGGCGUGUAUCUUAAACAAGUUGAGAGGUCAAGUUAAGGUUUGUGCCGUCAAGGCUCCUGGUUUCGGUGACAACAGAAAGAACACUCUAGGUGACGUUGCCAUCCUAUCUGGUGGUACCGUUUUCACUGAAGAGCUGGACUUGAAGCCUGAGAACUGUACUUUACAACACCUAGGUUCUUGUGACGCCGUCACCAUCACAAAGGAAGAUACCGUUAUUCUAAACGGUAACGGCAGCAAGGAAAACAUUGCCGCUAGAGUGGAACAGAUAAAGAACUCGAUUGAUUUGACCACGACCAACUCGUACGAAAAGGAAAAACUACAAGAACGUCUUGCUAAACUAUCCGGGGGUGUUGCCGUUGUGAGGGUUGGAGGUGCUUCCGAAGUUGAAGUCAGUGAGAAAAAAGACCGCUACGACGAUGCCUUGAACGCCACAAGAGCCGCUGUCGAAGAAGGUAUUCUACCAGGUGGCGGUACCGCCUUGUUGAAGGCAUGCAAGGUUCUAGAAGAGGUUGAGACUGAGAACUUUGACCAAAAGUUGGGUGUCGACAUCAUCAGAAAGGCUAUCACCAGACCUGCCAGAAAAAUUAUCGAGAACGCCGGUGAGGAAGGUUCUGUCAUUGUUGGCAAGAUCAUCGACGAAUACGGAAACGAUUUCACCAAGGGAUACAAUGCGGCCAAGAGCGAGUACACUGACAUGCUUGCUGCCGGUAUCAUCGACCCCUUCAAGGUUGUGAGAUCCGGUUUACUCGAUGCCUCCGGUGUUGCCUCCUUGUUGGCUACCACUGAGGUGGCUAUCGUGGAUGCUCCUCAACCUCCAAGUGCUGGACCUCCAGGAGGCAUGCCAGGUAUGCCUGGUAUGAUGUAA